CUGCAGCCAGACACCAGGAGGCGAUAGAGACGUUUUGGCUUCACUUUGCGGGGAAUCUGUGAGGUCGCCGGUUUUCUGCAGUUUUAGUGUACAUUGUAGUGUACUCGGUAGCGUUGCUGCCGCCCUGUGUCGGCUUGCGGGCACAGCAAAGUGGUCGGUUGGAUACUGUAAAGGACACAGCCCAUCCGACACGCUCUCGCUCCUCGAGGUUAUACAGCGCACUGUCGGGGGAUGCAGUGAAGGACAGCAGGAAACCAUGAAACCUACUGACGAACAGGCGGAGAAAACGGUGGACAUUUAUCGCGAUACAUGGGUCCGUUUUCUAGGCUAUGCCAAUGAAGUCGGGGAGGCCUUUCGUGCUCUGGUGCCAGUGAGCUUGGUAUGGGGCAGCUAUGCUGUGGCCACUACGUAUGUUACUGCUGAUGCUGUGGACAAAGGGAAGAAAGCAGCUCUGGCCCAUGGGGACAACCCAGGGAAGACAGCACGGGUUGCGGUGGCAGUGGUGGACACAUUCGUGUGGCAGGCUCUCGCCUCCGUGAUCAUCCCGGGCUUCACCAUUAACCGAGUAUGCGCUGCAUCACUGUAUCUGCUGGGCAGGACCACCAAGUGGCCGCUCCCUGUCCGCAAAUGGACCACCACAGCUAUAGGCCUCUCUACAAUCCCCUUCAUCAUCACUCCAAUAGACAGGUCAGUGGAUUACCUGCUAGACUCCAGCCUACGGAAGGUCUACGGUGAUGGAGAGAAGCACAAAUAAGGAGGGAUCACGUAGGACAGACUGCUCCCCUUGUGGGCAGGCACCAGUCCAGUCUCUGUAGACCUUUGCUGAUAUGUAAAGAAGGGAUCCGUGAAACAAGAUUCUACAGUUUGUCAGAUAUACUAUAAUACAGUAGUUUUUAUUGCAGAUCUAUGAAAUGUGCUAUGUUAAUUGUAAGAAGUGAAAACUGGGUGUGUGAAAUAUCCCUUUAGGGAUGCUGAAUUUAAACAUCUCAGGGGUAGUCCGGGUUGUGACACCAUAAUAUGUAAAUGGAAAUAAUAGAUUUUAAAAAAAAAAGAAAA